AUGCCCAUCGCCCUCGACUAUAACACAGCGACCAGCUCGUCAAAAAACAUCCCGGACCCACCAGGUCAUCUCGCCCGACUCUCCUUGAAGGAGGCCACCAAGAAAGAAGCAGCAGCCAAGCCAGAUGAGAAGAGCAUAGCGCUCAAGAACCGCCGGUCUGAUGAGCUCAAGAUGAAGCGCGCAUGGGAGCUGGCGACUUCACCUGCCAAGAGUCUGCCCAUGCAGGCUGUCAUGCUGUAUUUCUCAGGCUCAGGCGUCCAGAUCUUCUCGCUCGGAAUGAUCUUCAUGCUGCUUACUUCGCCACUGACUGCUAUCGCUGGGAUAUUACGAGCCUUUGAAGCGCUCCGCCCCUCCCCUCCAUCCGACUCAUCAUCCGAUGCUCCAGCAGAGCCGUCAUAUCUUCCGCUAGCAGGACCGAUGGCAUUAUAUGCGGCAUGCCAAGGGCUCGUCUUGGCGCUGGGAUUAUGGAAAUGCUGGAGUAUGGGCGUACUCCCUUCGGGCGCAGCAGAUUGGCUGCAGUUUGAAACGAGAUUAGAGCCACCAGAAUGGUCUGCUAUCCGCUCACUCUCGCUCGGAUAG